AUGUGGCUCCUAAGCCUGCUGCUUCUUUUAGAUUUAUUUCCCCAGACUUCAUCCCUGGUUUCCCCUACCAGUGAUUCAAUCUUCAACCCUAAAACCACCUCUACCACUACUCACAUCUCCACCUCUGCCACUGAGUUAGCCAUCACUGCUCAAUCCACUCCUACUACUGCUCCAAUCUCCACCUUUGCCACUGAGUUAGCCACCACUGCUCCAUCCACUCCUACCACUGCUCCAAACUCCACCUCUGCCACUGAGUUAGCCACCACUGCACCAUUCACUCCUAUCACUGCACCAAUCUUCACCUCUGCCACUGAGUUAGCCUCCACUGCUCCAGACUCCACCUCUGCUACUGAGUUAGCCACCACUGCUCCAGACUCCACCUUUGCCCCUGAGUUAGCCUCCACUGCUCCAGACUCCACCUUUGCCACUGAGUUAGCCUCCACUGCUCCAGACUCCACCUUUGCCACUGAGUUAGCCUCCACUGCUCCAGACUCCACCUUUGCCACUGAGUUAGCCUCCACUGCUCCAGACUCCACCUUUGCCACUGAGUUAGCCUCCACUGCUCCAAACUCCCCCUCUACCACUGAGUUAGCCUCCACUGCUCUAAACUCCACCUCUGCUACUGACUUAGCCACCACUGCUCCAUUCACUCCUAUCACUGCUCCAAACUCCACCUCUGCCACUGAGUUAGCCUCCACUGCUCCAAACUCCACCUCUGCCACUGAGUUAGCCUCCACUGCUCCAGACUCCACCUCUACCACUGACUUAGCCUCCACUGCUCCAGACUCCACCUCUGCCACUGAGUUAGCCUCCACUGCUCCAGACUCCACCUAUACCACUGACUUAGCCUCCACUGCUCCAGACUCCACCUCUGCCACUGACUUAGCCUCCACUGCUCCAAACUCCACCUCUACCACUGAGUUAGCCACCACUGCUCCAUCCACUUCUACCACUGCUCCAAUCUUCACCCCUACCAUUGAAUUAGACACUGCUUCCACCCCUACCCCUGAUUCAGUCACCACCUCUAACUCUUAUUCAGGCACCAACUCUACAACCAUCAAUACUACUGCUUUUAACUCUGCCUCACCAAUCAACAAUACAACUGCUUUUUCCACCCCCAAUGAUAUGCACUCUACCACUACUGUUGUGACCCCCACCACAACUCUACCAGAAUGUGAAAAUGGUGGUGUACGACAACACGGUGUUUGCAUUUGCCCUGAUAAAUGGACAGGAGAUACCUGCUCAAUAGAAAAUUUCUGCAACAGAACAAAUUAUGAAGGUUUCAAUUUCACACAAACUGUGGUUGGCUUGCCUAGUUAUUCAGAAGAGAAGUGUCCACCCGGAACAACUAAUGCGGGUAUUUCAAUGGCCUCCGCGCGAUGCUUGAAUAUUAAUAUGACACCGCAUUUUGGCUCAAUUCAAAUGGUACAAUGUGAUGAAACCCUUGAUAGUAUUCAAACAAAUGUGUCCAGUGCUACCCUACCAGAGAGACAGAUGUUGGCCUCUAGAACACAGAUCCUGACCUCCAGGCCAGAGAGGCUUACUCCUCAAAAUAUCACCACAGCCGCUCAGAUUGCCAGUGAUUUGUUGAGUAUGCAAGUCACAAAGGAAAUUGCUGAAGCAACUAUUACCACAGUCAGUCAGCUGAUGAACGCUAAUGUGGAUAAGUUUUCUAAUGAGAGUGUUACUGAAAGACUUACAAAAACAUUGGAGAUGUUCUCUGUCAAGCAAAAUAGUACAAACUUAUUGAUUCAGCCCAAUCUGGCAGUCCAAUCAGUCCAAGUGCCAAAUGAGACGACCACAGGGAUUCAGUUUACAGCUUUGACAGGUGAGAAGAGAAACAAAGCUCAGUCCAGGCAGAAUUCUAACAUCAGUGUUGGGUUUGUGCUUUAUGAGAAUGACCGCUUCUUCAAGUCAGGAAAUUUUCAAAGUACUCUUGGAACCAAAAGGAGAGUGAUCUCAGCUACGUUGGGGAAUGGUAUCAGAGCUGAAUACGCUGAGUUCCGUCUCUUGGCUGAGAACACAUCCACAUAUGUCCUGCAUGAUUUUGCCUGUGUAUUCUGGGACUACUCUGGGAAUGACUGGAGCACCCAAGGCUGUUCCAAAGUCAGUAACUCAUCAGGAAAUCUGCAGUGUCGCUGUAACCACACCACCAACUUUGCCGUGCUGGUGAGCCACAAGACCAAUUAUGCGUAUGCUAAAGCUCUGAGCGGUAUCAGCAUUGCAGGUUGCACUCUGUCUAUAGUGGGCUUGAGUAUAACAGUAAUCUUUCAUAUCAUGACCAGGAAGUCUAGAGGCAGUAAGGCCAGGUUGCUGAUGGUGAGCAUCUGUGUGUCUAUGAUCAUCUCCUAUUUCCUCUUCAUCUUUGGGAUUGACAACCCCAUAAAGCAGAAGCAGGGACCAAACAUAUCGAAAGAUAACACUGUUCCAACGUCAGACCUCCGUCCCCCGGAACCAGACCAGGGCCCCUGUACAGCUUUUGCGGCCCUUCUCCAGUACUUUCUGCUGGCUACCUUCACAUGGAACGCGCUGUAUGCUGCUAAUGUGUUCUUACUCCUCAAGAGGACAUUAUCGCACCAACCCAGGAGCUUCCAGCUGACAUCAUUACUGAUUGGCUGGGGACUGCCUGCUGUGAUAGUCGCUAUUUCAUUGGCUGCUACCUACAGGAAAAACAAUCCUUUGGGUUAUCGUUCAGAGGAGUUCUGCUGGUUGGCUUAUGAGGACCAGACUGGCAAUUUUGACCCUAAGAAGCCGAUGCUAUGGGGCUUCCUCAUCCCCCUUGCUUUAAUGAUCAUUUUCAACAUCUCUGUGGUGGUCUAUUUCUCCUUUACCACAUGCAAAGAAAAUCCCUUAUUAACCUCUAACAGAGUGACAUCAGUAAAGAAGAAGAUUCUUAGUAGCCUUUCUCUGGCAGUAGUACUGGGUGUAUCCUGGGUCUUUGGCUACCUCGUCCUUGUCAACCACAACGCCCUCAAUGUAAUUUUCAGUGCGCUUUUCUGUGUGUGCUGUUCCACUCAGGGUGUGCAGAUCUUCAUUUUAUUUACUGCAAGAACAAAAGUUUUCAAGAAAAGUGUGUCAACUGCAGUGCAAAAGUUGCCACCUCCCGAAAUCGGUCUUCACAAAAAAUCCUUCACGCUCAGGAAAAAAAUGCAAAACUCAGAAAGAGAAACCUACACACCAACAGAAUCAGAGUUCUCCAGUUACUCUCAGACUCCCUUGGGCAAGGGCUCAGAUGAUAGUGUCAUGUGA